ACGACGAGGGGAGCAAACUCCACCCAGCGGAUAGGAUCUCCGGCAGGCGGAGCGGAGGGCAGCUUGCGCCCAAAGGGCUCGGGGCUGGUUGGUCGGGACGCCUGACAAGUCCCGCAGAAAACUUCUGAGGGACAAAGUCCAGCCUGCGCGCGAGGGCGACGGGGUGGAAGUCAAAUGAGUGGGAGCGUGCUGGGAAACUCGGGCGCGUCUCAUUUGAAAGAAAUGCUCCAAAGAUGGCGGUGGUGAUCGCGACGGGAGUCGCGGCUUCCUCCGGAGUGCCCAAAAGUGGACUUGUGGAGGUUCUGGUGCGCGAGCGGUGGCACAAAGUUUUGGCCAACUUGAGCGAGGAGGCGCUCACGUUGAGCUGCGAGGAGAGCGGCGCCGACGACGAUGUCAACUCCAACGGCGUCACCAGCGGGUCCUACCUGGACAACAACAACGCCAACUCCAACAACCGAGCCCAGGCUGUGCGCACCGCGUUCACGGACCUCCCGGAGCGAGUGCCCGAGGCGAUCGCCAACAGAAAGCGGUGCGUCAAGGUGACCAAGCAGGAGAUCGGGGGGCUCGGGAUCAGCAUCAAGGGGGGCAAGGAGAACAAAAUGCCCAUCCUCAUCAGCAAGAUAUUCAAGGGGCUCGCGGCCGACCAGACGCAGGCUCUGUACGUCGGGGACGCCAUCCUGUCCGUGAACGGCAUGAACCUGCGGGACGCGACGCACGACGAGGCGGUGCAGGCGCUCAAACGGGCCGGGAAGGAGGUGACCCUGGAAGUCAAGUACAUGCGGGAGGCCACGCCGUACGUGAAGAAGGGCUCCCCCGUGUCGGAGAUCGGCUGGGAAACCCCCCCUCCUGAGUCCCCGCGCAUCGGCAGCCCUCCCAUCUCCUCCUCCUCCUCCUCCUCCUCGUCGGACCCUCCGAGCUCCCCUACCCAGCCCUCCCUGUCGCUCCAGGGCGACAGAAGGUGCAUACCACUCAAGAUGUGUUGUGUAACCCGAGCCAUGACCACGCCGGACCCCGAGAACAGACAGCUGGAGCUGCACUCCCCUGACGCCAGGCACACUGUGGUGCUGCGCUGCCCCGACCAACCAUCUGCCCUGUCCUGGUUCUCUGCCAUGCACUCUGUCACAUCCACACUGGCACAGCGGGCACUGGCAGAGGUCAUCCAGAACACAGCCAGGGUCGGGGUUGGCUGCAAAGAGAUACGACACCUGGGAUGGCUGUCAGGGAAGACGGAGAGUGAGAAGCAGAGCUGGAGGCCGGUGCUGGUGGCAGUGACGGAGAAAGACCUGCUGCUCUACGACAGUCUACCCCGAGGCGCGGAGGCCUGGCAGGGUCCCGCACACGCGUAUCCACUUUUAGCAACACGCCUGGUCCACUCGGGUCCUGACCGGGGGUCCCCUCACUCUGGCACCGAGCUGUUCUUCGCCACGCGGACUGGCACACGACUCGGCAUCGAGACUCACCUCUUCCGGGCUGAGACGACCAAGGACCUGUCCCUGUGGACCAGACACAUAGUCAACGGAUGUCACGCCGCCGCUGAGAUGAUCAGAGAAGUGUCCACGAGUUGUCUGUACCGGGGUCGGGAGUGCAGGCUGGUGAUUCACUACGAACAGGGCUUCUCUGUGCUGGCUGACCCCAAACUGGCAGACGGGGAGAACGGGGAGGAGGGAGCAGCUCACACUCCCAGCCGGCCCACAGUGCUCCUCUCCUACCCCUACGAAAAAUUAAAGAUGUCCUCGGAUGACGGAGUUCGCAUGCUGUCCCUUGACUUUGGAGGGAAGGAGGGGGAGAUUCAACUGGACCUCCACUCUUGUCCGAAGCCCAUCGUCUUCAUCCUCCACUCCUUCCUGUCCGCUAAGAUCUCCCGCCUGGGUCUGGUGGCCUGACAGCCUCUCUAAAGGGACAUUUUCACCCUCCUUUUGAAAAACGUCCACCUUGUUCCUCCACCUGUCUGCAUCCCGCAUGCAGCGCACAAUGUUAAACUCCUACAGUCGGGGGCCCAAGCUGAGCGAAUGUAGCUUAUUUCUGGGAAAUUUUUUUCUUGGGUCCCCAACUCUGAAAUUGAAGAAACACUGGAGAAGCCAAUCCAGAUUGGUUUUGCAUUACUUUCUUUUUUUUUUCUUGUCUUUUUUGACAAACCCUCCCUUUAAGGGCUGCAAGGGCUUGCGUGUUGACUGAAGAACCACAGGAGAAAAAGAUGAUACCCAGACAGACGGAGAAGAUUGGGCAUUACUGUCACGUCCGGGAUCGGAAGGACUGGACAAGUGCAGCGGGGAGUUGACACGAGUUCACUUUUAAUUCAGUCACAAUGUAAUGGCAACCUGCCUUCCAUUUACCAUUCAUAUAAUUUAUUCACCAUUAGCUCCGAAAGGACUUGAAUUUCCCUUGUAAUUUUUCCUCCACAAACACUUUGGAGAGACAGUUGUCGCGCAUUUGUCUUUCUCAGCGUCCCCUGAGAUGUCUUGUCUCAGGGGACGCGGUGUCAGUAUUCAUCAUUGAAACCGGGGGCCACCAUCGGCGGCACACUUUCCCUCAAUGUGACAGCAGAUCUGAAUUCAAAUGGUCUCAGUAUUCUUCUAAAAGGCUGCCCGCGGUGACCAUCUGGUGGCGCUUCUGUGUUUGACUGAUUUGACAGCGAUGUCAGCUCUAAUGACUUCAAGUAAUGAAAAAAAUGGUUUCAGUUACUUGAGCUGUAAUUUACUCGAAUGUUCUAUUUCUCCUUUGUCACAUGUUAAUUGUCCGUCCCAUUUUAUCACUCAAAAAACAUGAGAAGCUCAUAUCCAACUGGUAAUUAGGUUGAGAAUAAUGCUGCUACGGCGAUUUGGUCCUCGACAUUGAGGAACCAGGUGGCAUUUAAUUUUUUUUUCUGUACAUGCAAUUUCAUUUUCCACAGAAAGACUACUAUUACAUAUAAAUGGAGGUUAUAUAUAAGGAUAUAUAUAUAUAUAUAUAUAUAUAUAUAUAUAUAUAUGAUUCAUUCAUUCUUAAUAGUGCUCAUUAAAUAUAACACAGACACAACAGGGUAGCUACUGUAUCAGUGUUCAUUUUUAGCUUUAGAAACAUCGGUCCAGAGUCGAAAAAGUCCAACACGCCACCCUGGUAUUAACCUUCUCACCUAAUCUAAUCUCAGUAAGGAAGCUAAUGUAUCAACUGAAAUCCUUCCAGUGACCUCUCUGAAUGGCUGACCAACUCUGACAAACCACAGUCAUGUUCUUCCCUCUUCCAGCAAAUAUCUGUCGUGAGCAAUUGCAGUAAAUCUUCAAUAUUCAUUUUGUAAACUGAAACUGAAUCAAAUGGUGCCACAAUCACUAAAUGAAGUAUUAUUUAUCUCUCAUCACGGAAAGGUAGCCAUCGUAGUAGUCUUCAAUCCACAUUUCGUCCUGCAGCAUCCGAUGUGGUUCAUCAUUUUAUUUCUUCAUUUUUAAUUUUGUUUAUGUUAUGCAGCAGACCAGAUCUGUAUACUUCACUGUGUCUGACGUGGCCUGCUGCCAGGGCUUUUACCUGUGCCUUCAGAUGACUGAGGAGAAAAAAGGAAAAAAUUGUGAAUUUUGGAAGAUAAUAAUGGAGAUUACAGGAUUAAAUGUGGAGUCGGAGCAACAGUGGGACUUCUAUGAUUGCUGCAUUGGUUAGGGCUCAAUCAGCCUCCUUCAUCAUAGCACACUUCCAGUGACCAUUCACUCACACACACACACACACACACACACACACACACAC